CUCUCUCUGGAAAUGGAGAAAACGGAAAGGCCGUUGUUUACCUUGUGGCAUUCCAUCUGUUCUUUGUUAUGUUUGUAUGGUCCUAUUGGAUGACAAUUUUCUCAUCUCACGCUUCCCCCUCCAAAGAGUUCUACUUGUCUAACUCUGAAAAGGAACAUUAUGAAAAAGAAUUCAGCCAAGAAAGACAACAAGAAAUUUUGAGAAGAGCAGCCAGGGACUUACCUAUCUAUACCACAUCAGCUUCAAGGACCAUCAGAUACUGUGAAAGAUGUCAGCUGAUUAAACCUGACCGUGCACAUCACUGCUCAGCAUGUGACAUAUGUAUUCUUAAGAUGGAUCAUCACUGUCCUUGGGUGAAUAACUGUGUGGGAUUUUCUAACUACAAAUUCUUCCUGCUGUUUUUAUUGUAUUCUCUAUUAUAUUGCCUUUUCGUGGCUGCAACAGUUUUACAGUACUUUAUAAAAUUUUGGACGCUUUGCCACAGGAAAUCUACAGAGAGUUGUCCAAAGAAUGAACUCUCAGACACACGUGCAAAAUUCCACAUACUGUUUCUUUUCUUUGUGUCUGCGAUGUUCUUCGUCAGCGUCCUGUCACUUUUCAGCUACCACUGCUGGCUAGUUGGAAGAAACAGAACAACAAUAGAAUCAUUCCGUGCACCCACAUUUUCAUAUGGACCUGAUGGAAAUGGUUUCUCUCUUGGAUACAGUAAAAAUUGGAGACAAGUCUUUGGCGAUGAAAAGAAAUAUUGGCUACUUCCAAUAUUUUCAAGCUUGGGUGAUGGUUGCAGUUUUCCAGCUCGCCUGGUAGGGACGGAUCCAGAGCGAGCUUCUGUUACAAGUCAAAAUGAAUGUGCCAGAAGUAUCAGCUCAAAUCAACCCUUUCCUAUCAAACCACUUAGUGAAUCAAAAAACCGAUUGUUGGACAGUGAAUCUCAUUGGAUAGAGAAUGGAUCUGAGGAAGGCAUUGUCAGAUCAGGGACAAAUAACCAUGUUACAGUGGCAAUAGAAAAUUGAGUACCACUUGUUCAUAACUAACCAUUUGAAUAAGAACAAGGUUUAUAAAAGCAUAUUAUGGACCGAUAUUUUUAGUUUUAUUUGCAAGAAAAUGGUCAAUGAAAUGAAAUGAUUGAAGUAUAAAAGAAGAUAUAUUUUUUAAAAAAGGAAGCCUUUGUACAGAUGGCUGGACCAGCAGAAGCACCUCUCCCAAGCAGGAAGAUGCCUUAAUCCUAAAGAAGCCCGUUUGUGCUACAUUGACCUCCAGUAACACAAGAAACUUGAUUGCACUUUGGAAAACACUUACACUGUAUGAGACGCUGUAACAUGAGAUAUCAGACCAUAUGUUAACUGUGGCAUAUGUAUUUUUUUGAUAUUUGAGUUAUAUUACUAGAGUUGUUUCUUGGUGUCCAUUUAACUUCACUCCAAAAACACAAGCUAAGGACUAAAGUGAAGCACAUGGAGUGCAGUAUGGUGGCUGAGAGCGAAGAGUAAUAUCCAGGUGACCAUUACAUGUACUGUGUAAGGAAAAGAAAAGUUCUUCCUGACAACUGCAUUUUUUAACUGGGUGUUUGCUAAUAUGAUUGCUGUUCUAUAGUUUUCAACAUUUUUAAUGAAGCAUUUUUAUUAUUGGCCAUAAAAUAACAGAAGAAUUCAGAUAUCUAAAUGUAAUCAUUUAAAAUAUAGCGCACAUUUGUAUGAUUCAUUGAUGGCUCAGGUCUAAGCAUUAAUACAACCAUGUACUGUAGGGUUGUGUGCAAGGCUUAAAAGGACACUUGGCAAUGUAGGAAAUAUUUUUUGCUUUUAAAUUACUAUUUUGUUGAGUUUUCAUGGGUAUUUGGGAAGGAAAUACAAAUGUACAUGAGCUACAGAAAUAUCGGACGCAAUAGGAAUAGGUGGAAGUGGCUAGAAGAAAGGUAAAGAGAAAAAUAGGCAGGCUGUUGUAAGCUGUUAAAAAAUAUUUCAGUCUUAAAUUAUUUAGACUGCAGCAAGCUGUUGAGUUGACUUUCAGAUUUUAAUUUAGGUAAUAACUAGAUUUACUUUACAGCUUCUUAUAGUAAUCCUUUCACAGCUUAAACAGUGACCUAAAAUGCAGUUGGAGCUGGGGUGAAACUUAAAACUGUUUAAAACUGCUAAUGCUAAACAGUAUUAUUACUGUUUUCAGGAAAGACAUUCUAACCUGAGCAGUCUUUUAAAAGAGUCUCUGAGCAGUGGAUUCCACUCUUAAAUGCAAAAUUUUAAAUCUGAUUUCCUAACCAGCAACCCCUAAACACAUAGCCCCUUUUUCCUUUUGAAAUCCAAUCGAGGUGACAGGAAUUGCAUAAAUUCCUAAGAAAAAUACAGUAUCCUAUAAAGGAGAUAUGUAGAAAUGUGACUCCUCCUUUACAGUGUUUUAGUUACAUUCACCCAUAAACCAGUGAUUCAUUGCUUCUGAUAGUAGAGAUCAAUCUUAACCAGCAUCUGUAUUAAUAACUGUAGUUUCUCUAUUUGUAAAAUGGGAUUAGGGGACAGGUGUUAUACAGGAGCUGGACUGGGUGACCUCUAAUAUUCUUUGAUUCCUAAUUUUGAAAAUAACCUCACUUUUCACUCAACCAAUAAAUACUUUUGGUACCUUCUGUAUACCAAACAGUAUACUUGGGAUAGCUCUGUAACUUCUUAAUGUAGCAUAAGUCUUAUAGUCAGAUGUUCCAGGUUUUCAAUUUAUAGGAUUUGUCUAAUUCCAUUGGCUGUAAUUAAUACUAGAGUUUAAGAGGAAGUAACAUUUCCCCCUUUUGAGCCAAAGGAAUAAGUUAGCUUUGAAAAUAGAGUUUGGAAUACUAUAAUAUGGAUUCUUCUACCUUUAUUUCAACUCCAUAGUCUUAAUAACAAAACCUUUAAGUAUGAGAGUUAAGGGUUAUCAAUACCAACCAAAAACAUUCAUUGUGACAGUUUGUGUAUUAAAAGGAAAUAGUAAAUGUUUAAACUCACUUUAUUACUUUCAGAAAUGUUAUCUUGGUACUUUUUUUUGAGUGUUUUUACAUUUAGAUCAAAGGAUUUGCAUGCUCCUGAUUAACAGCUGAGAAAGCAUAACUUUCCCCUUUAACCUACUCAGGCAUUUUUGUGGUAUAAUCUUUCUCAGUACUUUAAAUUUCUGUUAUUUAACAUCUUUAAUAACAUAGUAAAACCUUUUCAAAAAUUUUCAGUUAAAGCCUUUUUAGUUACGUUUGGCUUACUUUAUGGCCUAUACUUUGCCACGUUCUAAAUAAUAUUUGACUGAGUUUUUCAUAUCUAUUAAUAACCAUUCCACAAGAGCCUACAGGUAGUUUAGGAAUCAGGGAAAGGCUGGCUCUUUGGUAUUUCAACUGGUAUUGAUUAGUGCUAUCAACUCUCCAGGGACAAAGGUCAAAUUGAAGCCCUGUCAGAAUUUCUUAGUACUAUCUCUGGUCCUUCAAACACUUUGAACAGUUGUGAUGAUACUUAAGGAAAGUAAAGCUGAAUUUGAGGUCUUGCCAACUGCCAUUAAAAACAAAUUAGGAGACUUGGUUUUACCUGGGUACAGGCUUACUUGAAUAUUUAGUACCUAAGUCAUCUUACCAGCAGCACUAGGCCAAACCAAAGAGCAGCUGCAGGGUAGUAGUUAUUAAACAUGAACACGUUUACAAGGUUUAGUUUCCUCUUUACAUAUGAAUAAUUUUUUAAAUAUUUUUACAUAUUUAGCAGUUAUUAUCCCAGGUGUCAUAAGUGAACUUAAUCAUAAGGUUAGCUUCAGUCAGAUAUGCAAUGAUUACUUGAAUUUUAUUUCCAGAAAGCAGAUUUUGACUAUGUUUACAGGAGUGAAAAAGUAAAGAUUACCAGACAUGUGAGAAGCCCAUUCAGUAAUCUGUAGUGCAGAUGUGUACUGAGGGCUGAGUGUUAAGAUCUGUGUAUUUGGGGCACUAAAUAGACAGUGACUUACAAAUGUGUUUGACUUAAAUUUUGCUGUAGGACUAGCACUGCUAUCAGUGGAAAGUAUUUUUAACUAAUCUGUUAAGAAACUAAUCAUAUUUUUGCAUUUCAGCCAAAAUAAAGAUAAUAUCUAAUAAUCUGAAAUCCAUUGUUUCAUAUGAUCUAAGUUGUAUUUUCCAAUUUAAAUUAAAAAUGCAAUAUAGAUUCAGAAAGGUCCGUAUUUUUCUAAUGACGUCACUUUAUAUUGCUUUGUCAGGUUGCAUAAAUAAGUAAGGAUUAUAUUUGUAUUAAAAGAAAGCUAUUAGACAAGUUUAUUAUAUUUGUACAUGAUUAUCAGAUGACUCUAUGCCCUUUUAAAAGAAAAGGUGGACACUAUUUUAAAGUGAUCUUUAAUGUGUUUUUAUAUAAACAUCUGAAAUGCAGUUUACUUUGGUUGCUUUACUUACCAAGGACAACAGGUCUUGUAUUUGUUCUCAUAAGCAUCAUCCUGGACCAUAACUUAAUGUUAACUCUCUGCUUUGUCAUUUGAAUGGCCUAACCUACAUUCACAUGAAGUCUGAACAUUUUUCAGUGUUUUUUUUUUAAUGAUAAUGAUUUACUUUAUUAAUAAAAAAUAAAGUCCUGUAUUUGAACAGUU